GAAUACACGAGUGUAUGUCCAACCCAACUAAUUUGAAUUAUCAAACUUAUAUUAUAUAAAAGGUGUGUUGGGAUUGAAAAAUUUGAACCUAAUUUGAAUUAUCAAACUUAUAUUAUAUAAAAGGUGUGUUGGGAUUGAAAAAUUUGGUUCAACUCGAAUUAAACUAAACAAUUGUUGGACUACAAAUGAAAAAAAAAAAAGAAAACAAUACCAUAUUUUAGAAAAUUAAUUUGGGUUAUUUAAGUUCUACUCAACCGGAUUUACGCUAACAAAAAUCAACCACACAAUUUACCCCUAAAAUUAAAAUUUGUGUGACUAAUAAUACCAUUUGUCAAUUUAUUUUAUUAUGAAACUAAAAAGGUUCCCUACCAACCGUCAUUGUGGACCAUCGAUUCCAUCAAUUCCAUCAAUCCCCUCUUUAUCCCCAAAAUCCAUUAUUACUUCCGCAAUUUCCAAUUCACUCCCUUCACACACACAUACUAACCCUUUGAAUAUUAAGGGUAUUUUAGUCUAUCCCUUAAUCCAUUUCUCUUAAGCCUUAACCAUUAAUUACCGUUUUAAUUAUUAGCCUUAAAAUAGAAUACAAGUCUUUCUCUUUCAAUCUUUCUUCCACAAAAUUCCUAUUUCUUUUUACUUACUUUCAUCACAUCCCAAAAUGUCGUCAACGGAUAAAUCUAAUCCUCCGCUUGUUCUCGACGCUCCGCUUCAAUCCCUUGGCUUCGAGGUCCACCACGUCUCUCCUCACAAAGUCUCCGGCCGUCUCCUCGUUUCUCCGAUCUGCUGCCAGCCGUUCAAAGUGCUGCACGGCGGCGUAUCCGCGUUGAUUGCGGAGUCUCUGGCGAGUAUGGGUGCUCACAAGGCGUCUGGAUACCAGAGAGUCGCAGGAAUUCAUCUCAGUAUUAAUCACUUGAAGAGCGCCUCCCUCGGCGAGCUUGUUAUCGCCGAAGCCGUUCCGGUCACCGUCGGUAGAACCAUCCAGGUAUGGGAUGUCCAAUUAUGGAAGGAUUUGAAAGAAAGAAAAGUCGUUGUAUCCACUGCAAGGGUAACUCUUCUUUCCAAUAUGCCUGUUCCUAAACAUGUUGAAGAUGCUGCUGAUGCCCUCAAGAAAUUUUCAAAACUGUAAUCACUUUAAAGGUUUUUAAUUUUAGUACGUAAUUAAUAAGUUUUAUAUAUAAAGUUCAAUGAAUUAUUUGAUAGGGUGAUUCAAGCAUGGGCUGUGUGCAUAAGAUGACGAUAUAGUUAGGUGGACCUAAAAUUAGAUAGAUAUUAAUGCCCACUUCCUUUUAUGUUUUGUAUA